GGUGAGGGUUCUGCAUCCGGUCCACAGACUCGUCCGACUUCCUCGCAGGUGGUCUCUAGCCACAUCCUCUUGAUGCUGCCCAGUGUCCUCCGCUGUGCUCGCUCUGCCUCCACCAGUCUCGCCUUACACCGGCCUCUGGCCCACUUCAGACCACACAUGGCCCCGGACCCGAGCCGGCCCGUUGAGAGCUCCAUCAGAACCAAACUAACCGACGCACUACAGCCGGACCACCUAGAAGUCCACAAUGAGAGCCACAUGCACGCCGUGCCCCCCGGCUCGGAAUCCCACUUCCGUGUGCUGGUUGUCAGCUCCCAGUUCGAGGGUCUGCCGCUGAUAAAGCGCCACCGUCUGGUCAAUGAGGCCCUGAAGGAGGAGUUGAGUAACUGUGUUCAUGCACUGGCCAUACAGACAAAGACCCCUGAGCAGUGGGGAAGUAACCCCAACCUGGCAAAGAGUCCGCCCUGCCUGGGAGGAUCCAGGGGGGAUCACACGGUGGAGGAGAAGUUGAAGGCUGGAAGAGACUGAUGUGUUGGACAGUGAAGCAGCGCUUUGCUGAAUGUGAAGAAUGCAGUAAGAGGGGGACAUAGAUUAGCAUUCACCCCUCUUGUCUUAAUGGUAGUCACAUGUUUCAUUGCUAAAUAAAUUGUGUGAACACUUAUUGUAAA